AUGUCUCCCAAUAUUCAAACCUUUAUAAACAGCUUCCAAAAUCGACUGGAACCACCCGUUCGCCAGCACCUUAAAAAUGUCUAUGGAACCUUAAUGAUGACAUGCACUGCUGCUUCAGUGGGUGCUUGUGUUGACAUGUUCACAAAGUUCCAAGCAGGUUUCUUAUCAGUUAUCAUUAGUGCAGGCCUAAUGUUGAUGCUAAUUGCUACCCCUGAUGAUGGAAAGAACACCAAACAACGUUUGGGAUAUCUUGCUGGAUUUGGCUUGACUACUGGUAUGAGCAUGGGGCCUAUGCUCAAAUGUGUCAGUGUUCUUGACCCAUCAAUAAUAGUGACGGCUCUCUUAGGGACAUCACUUGUGUUCAUUUGCUUCUCUAUCUCUGCUAUGUUAGCUGAGCGUGGUAGUUGGUUAUUCCUAGGUGGUACACUAAUGACAAUGUUUUCAUCAUUGUUUGUGAUGUCUUUGGUGAACAUUUUCUUACAAUCAGAAUUUAUUUACCAAGCGCACCUUUAUUUCGGUCUGAUUGCUGUGUGUGCAUUUGUCUUGUAUGACACCCAACUAAUAAUUGAGAAGCGUCGCAUGGGCAACAAAGACUUUGUACAACACGCCUUGGAACUCUUCAUUGACUUCAUAGGAAUAUUCAGGCGUCUUGUUAUUAUUUUAAAACAAAAGGAGGAGGAGCAAAGUCGCCGCAAACGUAAUUAA